UUUGAUUUUUAUGAUAUUCUUACGUUUAGCUAAGGAAGUUGUAGAAGCAAUAGAACAAUAUUCCACAAUGACGGCUCUCAGUAUGGAGGGGAACACUCUAGGAGUGGAAGCAGCAGAGAGUAUAGCUCAAGCUCUGAAAAAACAUCCAGAAUUUGAGAGAGCACUGUGGAGUGAUAUGUUCACUGGUAGAUUAAAGACUGAAAUACCACAAGCUUUGAAAUAUUUAGGAGCUGCUAUGAUAGAAGCUAAUGCACAGUUGGUGGAACUUGACCUUAGUGAUAAUGCAUUUGGACCAAAUGGGGUCACCGGUAUCGUAGAUCUCCUCAAAAGUAAAACAUGUUAUACACUAAAGGAACUUAGGCUCAAUAACAAUGGACUUGGUACCACUGGAGGAAAGAUGUUAGCUGAUUGUUUGAUGGACUGCUACAACUCUAGUAAAGCUGCAGGGACUCCCUUAGCACUGGAAGUAUUUAUCUCAGGGAGAGGAAGGCUGGAAAAUGAGGGAUCAACAGCUCUGUCUGAAGUCUUCAAGCUGAUGGGUUCAUUGAGAGAAGUACAGAUGCCACAGAAUGGUAUUAAUCACCAGGGAAUAUCGGCUCUGUCUCAAGCGUUUGAACAUAAUCCAAAUCUUAGAAUACUCAACCUUAAUGAUAACACAUUCACAGUGAAAGGGGCAAAAUCUAUGGCAAAAGUGCUACCAAAGUUACAGAAUUUAGAGGUGAUCAAUUUUGGUGAUUGUUUAAUCAGAUCAGAAGGUGCAAAAGUUAUAGCUAGAUCAAUACGUGAUGGACAUAAAAAAUUAAAGGAAUUGAUUCUUAGUGGAAAUGAAAUCAAUAAACAAGGAGCCAGUGUUGUAGCAGAAUCAGUAGAGAACAAAGACAAUCUAACAUUGCUAGACCUAGACUCAAAUCAACUUGGAGAGGAAGGUGUUGAACUUGUACAAGCUACAUUAGAAGCAAUUGGUAAACAAGAUAUAUUAGGCUCCUUAAGUGGUGAUGAGGGCAGUGAUGAGGAAGAUAUUGAGGACGAUUAUGAUGAAAGCUAUGAGGAAAAAGCACAGGAGGAUACCGAGGGCGAUCAUGUUGAUGACCCUCAACUUCAAGUGCGAGGAACAGCACUAAGUCCCAAACAGAGUGUAAAUGUGAAAGAAUUCCUGUCAUUUCCAUCACCAACAAAAUUACACAGCAUAGGUGGUGAUCUUCCUUCAUCAUUGAGGCAAGAAUUAGGGAAUGACAUUAAAGAUAUAGAUAAAACAGUUGGCACCUUGAUUAGAAUAUCUACAGUUGUAAGAGAAGAAGACAAAAAGUCUUGUGAAACAGUCUGUCAGUGUGCAGAUAACAUCUUAGAAGAGGCUUUUAAAGAAGAUAGCAAUGUUGGGUCUCUGUUUGCAAAUGCAUACCUUGUCUAUAUUGGUUUAUUAAAGGGUGAGGACAAGAAAUACCGGCCACCUAGUGAUAUAACAGGACCAUUGAUAGUGCUUGAACAUAUUGUAAAACAAACCUACUUCCCACAUCAGGCAAAGAAAAUAAUUUCUGCUUUUAUGGAUAAGUAUCUUUCACUGCAAAGAAUUUAA